AUGGAUCUUCUAGCAAGAUUCGCCUGCACAGCUGCUGCAAUCAAAGAAACACCAGUUGUGUUUGAACAUGUCCAACAAUCGAUGGUUCGUCGGUGUCAGGCAUGUACAAAUGGUUUCCAUCCUGAUCAUUCAGUGAAAAAUAGUAUUGAUGACCUCAGUGAAUCUCUUCAAUCCUUGUCUACAAUUUCUGAAACACCUUCAAAGUCAAAUGCAUAUGUUCCUCAGCCAGUCCAGGUACCACCAUUCCUCAUCACACCCUUACCGCUGAUAACUGACAGCAAACUACAUUUGUUAUGGCCUCAACCACAAAAGAUUAUACAAACAGAUGAACAGCUGUUUAAGUUAGAGCAGAGUUAUUCUGUUCAUAUAGUACAAAAUACUACUAAUUUACAUGAUGUCAUCAACGUGUGGGAAAUUCAUAAAGAAAAAUUUAGUUCAUUUGGAAUCGAAUGCACUGUAGAAGAAAUUACUCAGCCAGUUUCAAAGUAUCUUAGCUGUAUAGUUUGUCAUAUGAGUCCUCAACUAUUUUCCAGACCUGAAAGUUAUAAAUUAGUUAUUGCUAAUGAGCAGAUUCGAGUUUUAUCUUCAGAUGUAUGGGGCUUGCAUUAUGCAUUAUGUACAUUAGAACAGCUUUUUAACUUGUAUGUUGAAGAUGGCAGUCUUCCAUCACUUUAUAUCCAUGACUGGCCUCAUCUUCAGCACAGAGGUGUAUUAUUAGACUUUUCUUGUGGUGCUAGAAAACCAUCAGUGGAUACUUUGAAAGGAUAUUUGAAAAUUAUGUCAUCUUUCAAGAUAAGACAACUGCACUGUUAUUUCAGGUAUGAACUGAAUGCUGAGAAUAAAUUGCCUUUCUCUAAUAGGGAUUUAAUAGAUAUAGCUAGCUUUUGUCAACAACAUUACAUUAAUGUAAUACCUGCUGUUGAUGUUGGUAUAUCUGCUGAUGUUAGUUUAUCUACUGAUGUUAGUUACUUGAAUAUUAAAGAAAUUAUAAAGGGAGCUGUUGAUCAUCUCAUGCCUUUGUUUUCCUCAAACGAAAUUCAAGUAGGCCCCAACUUAUCAAAAAUUGUGAUAAAUGAGCUCUUUCACACCAAGAAUCCAAAAAUAAUAUGGGAUUUGUUGUUAUUGCCUUCCUCUGCCAUAAUAUAUUUGUGUUGCAGCAGCAUUCAACAGAAUUCUGAGCAACUUCGAAAUUUGUUACCCUUGAAUUGUGUUUUGAUUGAAUAUGGUUAUCAGAUGGAACAUGAUUUUGAUUAUCAUGCCAAAGUUUUUUCUCUUUCAGGCUAUAAUGUUUGUAUUGGGACUGGAACUACAUCCUGGGGAAGUAUUGCAGGUUGCCCCGAAACUGCUAUUUCAUGUAUACACAAAGCAUCUCAAGCAGCAUUAUUGUAUGGAUCUUUUGGUUUGCUUGUGGCUGAUUGGAAAACUCUGCCACAUCAUCCAGCAUUUUGUUUUAGUUGGCCUGGUAUCGUUCUCAACCUAGGCAUGGCUUGGAACUGUUCUGUGCAUGAAGAUUACUUACAUGCUCGCUUACCAGAGUUGCUAAAUCUUUAUGUCUAUCAAGAUGUAGAACAAAUUACUGGCUACUUGAGUGUUGAGCUGGGUAGGCUAGAAGCAUUUAUGCAUCAGUCAAUAAUACCUAGCCAAAAAGAUUCAACUUUGAAUAUUUCAUCUUGUCAAAGUUCAGUAUUACAUCAGUUACUUAUUGAUCCUGAUGAAGUUUCUUUAGAGAACUUUACUUUUGAUUUGAUACAGCAAGUUAGUCGUCAUGUUAAAAAAUUUGAAGUAGACUUGUUGAAAGCAAAACCUAGCUGUUUUCAGCAUGGUGAAGUCAUUUCUGAACUGAGAUUAGCAAUGGAACUUCUUUUAUUUGCCUGCAGAUUAAGUAGGAUAAUGGUUGCCACUGGUCUCAAUCCUUCUGCCAGUUCCUGUGGAUUAGCUGUGAUAAAUGUUGGAAUAAAUAAUCUGCCUCCUAUUGCAAGGACAGAUAUUGCAAAUAAGUUGUUGGUUCUAAUUGAACAAUUUAGAGCUGUUUGGCUAAGUAGGAAUUUACCUUGUGGCCUUGAAACAUCUUUACAUAUGCUUAAUAAUCUAUUGAGUAAAUUAAUUCCAGAAAAUGAGCGUUCAUUAUAUUCUAUUAAUGGAGAAGUGUCUUUCAUUUAAAUUUCUGUCAGUUGUGAAAUGUUUACUUGAGGUGCUGCUAUUGUUGUUAUUUGAUAUGUCUUGGGAUCAGUAUAUUUUGUAAAGUACAAUGAAUAUUUAUUUUUACUACACUUACAUUUGUCCUUUUAUGUGCAUUUUAAUAUCUGCUCUAUUGUACAGCUGUGUAAGUCUGUCAUUUUUAAUUUUUUUAUUAUGAUUUUAUGUAUAUAAACUUAAACCAAAAGAUUUUCCACUUUUUUAAAUAAAAUUUGUCCACAGUUGCUGAUUAAAUAAAGUUUUGCUUUUUUUUUCCAAUGCACAGAAAAAAUACAUCAGUAUGACAUAAUUUUUAUUAUAAUACAGAUGAAAAAAUUUAAUUUUCAAAAAAUUUGUACUACCAUUGUUGAGCACAAUAACUCCCAAUUGCCCUUGUAGAACUGUGCCAUUAGGUUUGCAAAAUACUUUAACCAUUUGAAGGCCACUGGUAUAUAAAAUAUACCGGUUGUUUGUCAAUUUUUUAACCUCCUAAAAAAUGCUAAUUUUUUGAUACCAAAAGCUAUAUUCAUAAGUUUCUAGUGUUUCCUUUCGAUUCUAAAUGGCAGCACUACACUAUGAAUGUUCAAUAUUUUGCAGUUAUGAAAUUAAUAUACGUCGUUCCAAGGUAUCAUGUUUGAAGAUUGAUAAAUUCUAUGGGAGGGGAAGAAAAAAUUCAAAAUCUGAAAAUAUAUGAUGUACACAUGCUGAAUCUUAUAUAUUUACUUCAUUUCAGUCAGAAAUGAUAAUUAACAGAAUAUUAUUGAUACGAUUUUAAAACCAGUAUAUAAUAUAUACUGGCGCCCACACUGAGGGUACCAUGCCAACAGAUGGCAGCACCAGUCUUCUCCUUUUCUACUCUGUGACAUGACAGAAUUUCUUUAUAUUAUAACAGUUAAUCAUGCAAUAAUUUUUUUAUGAUUAGUUAUAAGUUGUUUAGGAUGAAGAGAUGGGAAGUUUAUUGACUCUGCGCUAGGACUGAAUACAAGUAUAUUAGUUUCUUUUAUCUUUGUUUACUCCACUCGAAUUUCAUUCUUUUCUGUUUAGCUAAAAUUUUCAUUUCAGCACUUAUCUCUUUCCCAAGAGAAAGACUCAUUGAUUUCAAAAUUGCCAUCUGGGGGCAAAACUUUACACAAUUGUGGACGUUAAAUGUGGGAUGUUAGCUCCUAAAGACACCCAUUUCUUCGUGUUUUCCAAAAUCCUAGAAUGCAACCAAAAUUAAAAGAGGUGAUUGACAAAUAAUUUGUCGUUUGGGAGUCACCUUCGUCUCUUUGUGUGGAGAGCCCACCAGCGGCCGAGCGGUAAAGUCGCUGAACACUGGUAGUUCGUUUCGUGGUUUGAAUCCUGCAAAUGGGCUGGCUGCAUGGCCGUUAUCGUGGUUUUUCCCAUGUGUAACAUGUAUACAAGCCAGUUUCCCUUAGAAAGUCAUCCACAAAGGCAUCCCUUCCCUUAGGCAGAUAGCCCUAGUGUGCUUUGCCCUAAUUAAAUAAAUCAAAUAAACCCUUUGUGUGGUGCGAUAAGAUCACACAAAAGGAAAGCUCUCUUAAAAUGGAGAAUUGCAUGAAAUUAAAUGCAUGCUCUCUUAAGGUCCAUCUCAUAGUAUAAUGACAAAAAACUGCUGAUUUAAAUGCAUGCUUUAGGGAAAUUCUUUUUAAUUCUUUGUUAAUUUCGGAUGAAAGAUUAGGGAACACAAGAGAAAUUUGCCCUCUAGGUUAGGAUACAAAUAGGUUGUUUCCAAAAUAAAAUUUCACAGUUGGUGAAAGGCGAGAAAAUAUAUCUAAGGCCCAUUUUAGAUGCAAACUAAAAUUUAUCCAAAAGUUGAAAAGGAGCCCUUAGGAAGCCAAAGGGAUUGAAAAUCGGAAUAAGAGCUUUGAGGUAUAUCAAAUAAUAAAAUUGUUUAACACCGUUUCUACCUGAACAAAAAGAUAUAUUACAACCUAUAUUUACAAAAAGAAACUCUUAUGGUCCUCAAUAAUCUAAAGUGUGUGUGCAUGGAGGGGGGGGCGGCUCUUGCUAUCAUAGCAUGAAGCAUGGUUUUUUUAUAUAUUAUCUAAAGCAUAAAAUAUAACUUCAUAAAUGCAACAUACUUUCUCAGCUGAGUCGUAGUGAUUCAUUUUUCAUUUUUAAAAUUUUUCGGCUGAGUUAUUACAUCUGCUUGUAAUAUUAUACUAGUUCAGUUACAGCAUGAUACAAUUUAUGCGUGCAGUGUUAUAUUUGCUAAUUUUUUUUUAUAAAAUAAUAAUAUUGAAUUUAAGCCAAAGUAAAAAGCUUUUUACCCUUAUUUUACAUAAGUAUGUUCAGCUGGUUUGCAUCAUCAAAGUGCAUAAAAACAUACAUUUUAUUUUUUAAAUUUCUAGCAAAAUUUUAAAAUUUAAAAGUUUUUGUCUUCAGACUUACAUAAAUAUAUUCAAGCACUCAUCUCUACAGACGCACAUCAAAAGUACACAAAAUUAAUUUAAAAAACAAAAAUUAAUAAUUUUCAGCUACCUGGAAAAAAAUGUCUUAGAGGGGCACCAGUGUAAAAUCUGGCUCUCAAAAUUCAGGAUUUCGCUCUAGAUUUUUAAUUUAAAAGUCUAAAUGUUAUGUCCUUAGGGUCCAUAAGUUAUAGUUCAUACAAAAUUUUACCACAAUUUAAAUUAUUUUUAUAUACCGCCCUUCAAAAGGUUAAAGGUGAAAAUGAGUACAUAUACAGAAAAGUGAAUCCUUCACUGCUUAGAGGGAAAAAAAAGUAAUAAAUUGAGCAAGCUUGCCCAUUUUUUUCUUCUUUAUUAUUCUGAAAACAAUGUAGAAUAUCUGGCAAAGAUAGCCUAUUGCUUAUUUAUUUUAGAACACAAAUUUAAUGUGUGAUUUCUUGACGCAGAACCAAAAGGACUUCUGUUUUCACACAUACACACUAAUCUUAAAAUAAAAAAAUAAAAUUAAAAAAAUAAAAUAAAAUUAAAAAAAAAAAAAAAAAAAAAAAAAAAAA